AUGGAUCCUUUUGACCCGCUUGAGCUGAGAGAGGCAGGCCCCCAAAAGCCUAGAGGCCCCCUUGAGCCCAGCGUCCUCGACCGGAAGAGACCAGUUGCUCGGUUCCCAGACAGCUUUUCUGCCAAUCUCGGUCGCAAGGCUUCUUCCUUCUUUCGCCAAGACGAAGCUCCUGGAAUUGACCAAAACACCUCAUCAUCUCCUCCUCCUCUCCCAGAAAGCAAGAGCAUCAUUCAUCGCAAACGAGACGUUGUACCUGGCUUACCUUCUCCAUCGACAUCUCGCGAUCGUCAAGCUUCCGCCGCGUCUUCUGUCAAGGCAAUGGUCGCGAAAUUCGAAGGUGCCACCGCUACGCCUGACAAUUCCGACAAGAUGGCUGACCACGGAGAUCACGAUCUCACCCCCUCCACGCCCGCUGCUGAUAAGGGCAAGGGUAAGGCUUCAUUCGAUGAGUCCACUGAUACCACUGCCGCUUCGAUUCCGACUGGUGCGGCUUCACAGCCCAUGAAGGAUCAGUCCGCGGAGGAAAUCACCGAUCUGGAGCUUCUCAAGAUGGAGGAAUUUUUCAAGACCGAGUCCCUCGCGCGCUGCCUCGACAAUUAUGUCGCUCCGAAGUACAUUCACAAGAAGGUCAAAGUCCUUCCCCUCGAGGAAGAUGAGGGAGUCUCCAUGGUGAAGGCCGCCAAGAUUGAGCUUUGGAACAAGCUGGCUUCUCUCAAUGAGGCCUAUGAGGAGCGCCACCCGUCCGCUAAGGAAGAGCGUCUCGCCAAGGAAGCCGCUGUGGCUGCCGCCAAUGCUCGUCUCGAUGAGGUUCUCGGAGAGUCAUCCAAGCAGGGCGCUCUGAACGAGGCGGCCAAGACUUCGACCCGUGCCGAGCGCAGAGCUGAGCAAAAGGCUCAAAAGAAGGCCGACAAGAAGGCCCAAAAGGCUUCCAAGCGCGAGAUGCCCGCCGCCAACGCUCCUCAGGCUGUCACUUCGCCGACCGUUGAGGAGCACGCGAACAAGGAGGCUUCGCUUCGCGAGAAGUAUCCGGAGACCUACGCGAAGAUUGACUACUGGCGCUCUCUUGGUGCCCCCGACAAGCCCGCCGAUUCUGGCAGCGAGUACACCGUCCACUCUGACGACGAAUUGCCUCAUGCGGCUGCUCAGCCUGUGGCUCAAGAGACCCAGACGAUCACCGCCCAGGGUCAGGCCGCAGCUAGCAAGGUCCAGAAGAAGCAGGCCCCCGCCGAUGAUUCCUCUUCCGAAGAUGACAACUGGAGCACCGGCUCAUCCAACGGCGACCCUUUCUAUCUGAACAAGUACCUCACACCCGAGUAUCAAGCCAAGGCCCAGGCUUAUCUCAAGUCCUUCGACAAGGAUCAAACUCAGGCCGCCGACAAGCCCGUCUAUGGACCCGUCCCGCCCCCGUCUUUCAUCCAGUCCGGAGGCAAGACCAUCGUAGGCAAGCCGACUGCCACUCAUCGCCGCCCCCAGCAGGCGACGGAGAGCGACGAGUCCUACACCUUCAUCCAGCGAGACCCGAAGGAGGCCGCCAAGGUCUCCGCUGCCCAGAAAGAGAGAAACGAGAUCAACCGUCGUGCGUACGAGCGCGUCAAUGCCGCCCACGCCCGGGGUGAGAUCGUCCACUUGGAGAACACCAAGCCCAUCCGUGACACCUUUGCAACCGACAUCAAGAAGGAGGACAUUGUCCCCGGCUUCGGCAAGGGCAAGAAGAAGCAGGCUGCUGCCGCCUUCGACGAGGAGGCCUAUGCCGCCCGCUCCAUUGCGUCUCACACCAUGAAGCCUGCUCCGCUCCGCAUCCCUUCUCGCGCCAAGCAGACCGCAGUCGACAACGACAAGGUCGGCGUCAAGGAUGCUGCCCAGGUACAGAACAAGACGCCCACCGUUCCUGACGCGCACCCGUCGAACACUGGCAAGUACCGCAUGGUCGCCGGAGAGUCCACCUCCUUGGACUUUGAUCUCAACAAACUCGGCUCGAUCCGCGGCAGCACUAGAGCGGCCAGCGGAUUGUCCACGCAGAGCGGUGGUCCGAAGAGCAGCGGUAGCGCUCGCAACUUCAGCUGGCCCAAGAAGCAGCAGACUCGCGGUAAGAACAAGUACGAGUUCGUCGACGACGACGACGACAACUCCAACGACGAGGCCGCCGGGAAGAAGAAGCAGCCGGGCAAGACUCAGACUCAUCCCACCGUGUCUGGAAGCGGCGGCGGCGGCGGCGGCAGCAGCUCUCGCCAGUCCGAUCCCCUCUCGACCUUGCUCAACAACCACAGCGGCUUCGGUAACUUCACCCGCAAGCUGGCGCCCCUCCCCAAGCCCCAGACCAAAGACGGCAACGACGAGACCGGUGGCCGCCGAAGCUUCACCGCGGAUGAGUACCAGACCCUCAUUCAGGAUGAGUUUACCCGUUUCACCCAGCAGUCCCCCGAGAAGAAGGCGCGCGACCUCGAGGUGGCCAUCGCCAUCCUCAAUGGCGCCCCCUCUCUGCCCUCCUCCUCUGGUCGAACCUCGACCGCCUCGGCGCCCGCCCCCUCGAACAACGUCACCCGUCAGACCGUGACCGUCGGUCCCUUCCAUCAGCGUCCCGCCGUCCGCCUGGCCGGCACUACAGCCCUCCCCCCCACGCCCGCGACCUCGGCUGUCCCCGCGUCCACGGCCGAGAAGAUGGCUGAGCUGGAUGACUUCUUCGCUGAGGAGAAUGAUCAUCACUACACCAUUCCCGGUCCUGCCGCCACCGGUUCCAGCUACGGCUCUAGCUACAGCUCCACCGCCUCCGUCGGCCAGCAGACCAAGCAGCAGGAGAACCAGGAGAAGGACCAGCAAUGGAACGAUCCCAACUAUCACGAGGAUGCCCUCUCUUUCGGCUACGCUUACCAGCAGACGGGCUACACCACCCUCCCGGACGAACUAUCCCCCGUGCCCCUCACCCACAAUCAGCGCAGACAGGUUCUCGAGCAGUAUGGCAUCUCCGAGGCAGAAUACCCGGCCCCUCCCGCCGGCUAUCCCAACCCUCCCGGCCCCGAGCCCGGCUCCGUCGCUCCCCCUUGCCCUUCGCGCCCUGCUCCCAUGGUCCCCCCCUCGAUCACUCCGGCUACCAGCACCGGCGGAGGCAGCAGGGUCACAAGUCGUCAUAGUCGCAGCAGCGGUGCUCCCGCUCCCGCUCUCGCCCCCGCCCCUGCUACCGUCCAGAGCCUGCGCACCCCUCGUCGCUUCCGCCGCGCGGCUACUGCGCCCUCCGCGCCUGCUCCCGAGAGUCCUGCCCCCGGCUACGAUGAUGAUUGGUUCGGAGCGAAUGAGAAACGACGAAAGAACGAAAGAUACGAAGAACGAAUGAACGACUCGAAUGAUUACAAACGAAACAGUCCGAAACGUCUUUGUUCGCUGUUUUACUGA